CUCCGAGCCCAGCCAGCCCAGCGCGGCUUCUCAAUCAAUCAAUCAAUCAUUAUAGAUAGAUCUCACACCCGACAGCCUAUUCACAUGUACUUCUGAGCAUCUUUUCAUCAUAAAAAUGCUCUCCCCCAGAACCAUACCAAUUCUCCUCAUCCUCACAACACUAUACCUCGGAACGCGCUAUCUCUACAACCAACCGCACCCUCACAUUGAUAUCCCCUACAACACAAAAACAAACGCAAACGCAAACGCAAACGCAAAAUGUCGCAAUCUACCCAGCGACCCCUCCUGGCCAAACAAAUCCCAAUGGAACCAACUAAACGCCACGAUAAACGGAAGACUAAUCCAAGGUACACCCUUAGGACAGCCCUGCUACGAACCACAGCUCAACUCGGAGAAAUGCGCACAAAUACAAUCGGAAUGGAUAAAUUUACCACCAUAGUAAGUAACCUUAACAUUUCGAGUUGAAUUUAAAGAACUAUGAACCCCCCCUCCCCCCCCAAAUAAAUUGCAUAAAAAUUGAUACUAUUAGUAAAGUGAAAACGACCCAGUGAAUAUCAUGGCACCAUAUUGGCAGAAUAAUUCCUGCAAUCCUAUAUUAGCGACAAAUACAAAUAAUACCUGUAUUUUAGGAAAUCUCGCCUCAUACGCUCUUAAUAUCAGUAAUGCUGGGGAUGUUAUCGCCGGGCUUGAAUUUGCACGGGAGAAUAAUAUCCGGGUUACGAUUAAGAAUACGGGGCAUGAUUUUUUGGGACGAUCGACUGGGGCAGGUUCAUUAGCUUUGUGGAUGCACAAUCUUGAUGAGAUCGCCAUUUUCAACUACAGUGGCUCGCUCUAUACUGGACCUGCAGCUCGAAUUGGAGCUGGCGUAAGAUAUUCUGAUUUGUAUCCUGUGGUGCAAGAGCAUGGGUUUCGUGCUGUUGGUGGUUCGUGUUCUACGGUUGGUAUAGCAGGUGGGUAUACUCAAGGGGGUGGUCACGGACCCCUCGGCUCAGCGUAUGGAAUGGGAGCCGAUCAGGUAUUAGAAUGGGAGGUAAUAACAGCCUCAGGACAGCAUCUGAUCGUGUCACCUAUGCAUCAUGCUGAUUUGUACUGGGCAUUGAGUGGUGGUGGAGCCGGAAACUUCGCUGUAGUGCUUUCAGUGACGGUUCGGAUAUAUAAUGAUGGCCCUGUGGCGGGUGCGGCCUUCACUGUCGUUAAUAACGAUAAUAGCACGGCGUAUUGGGCUGCUGUUCAGGCAUGGCUACAAACUCUGCUUGUGCUUGAUACUAUUGAUGGUUUGGCUUCAGUCUCAACGAUUACAGCUGAUAGCUUUGGGCUGAAUUUCACUGCGUUGCCAGGUGUUACAACAACGGAUAGCAUCCACGCUGUCCUUGAACCAUUCUUCAUAAAGCUUGGACAACUCAAUCUCUCACUCGGUAACAGCUACAGAGCCGACGUUCACGCUAACUUUGCCGACUUCUACAAUUCAUUUAUUUCGCAAGAAUUAUAUACUAGCAAUCUAAUGGUCGGCGGUCGGAUCGUUCCACGUUUGACAGUGCGAGAUAAAGCCACUGGCCUUCCGGCACUCAUUGACAUUUUCCGCAACAUCACUGAGGGCGGUGGAAUAAUAGCCUUGCCUGCGACCAACAGCGCACACAAGAAUUACACUCCCAAUGCCCUACUGCCGUCUUGGCGUGAUGCGCUAUUCUCCGUGGCAUUUAUGAAACCACUGGCUGAAAACGCUGAACUCGAGGACAUCCACAGAAACUACGCACAACUCAAUACAUGGCAGGAUAGAUUGCGCGAUAUUACACCUGGGGCAGGUGCUUAUAUGAAUGAAGCAACAUGGGACAAUGUGCAUUGGAAGGCUGACUAUUUUGGAUCAAAUUACGAGGCAUUGCUAAAAGUGAAGGAGAAGUAUGAUCCGGAGUUUUUCUUUUGGGCAAAUGCGGCAGUUGGUAGCGAUAUAUAUUGGAAGGUCGGUGAAAACGGGGCAUUGUGUCGUGUUUGAUACAGGAAAGAGAGGUCAGGUAGGUAGCGAAACAGCGCAGCGGAAUAGAGGGAGAUGUAGAAAGAGAAAGAGAAAGAAAAAGAGAGCAAGUAACAAUAGCGGUUCGAAUGAUAUGAAGAUUGUCGGGAGGAGUCCACUCUCUGAAGAACUAUCAGAUGUCGUUGGAGAGUUGAGAAAUAUAGAGACGUGCAAUAAAUUUGACAAAACCAGAAUAAGACGGAAAAAAAUCCUCGUAACAAACAAAAAUGAUAUACCAAAUAUGUAACUUCAUUCUAUCAAACGACAAUAUUUGACAAAUGAUAUUGGAAUACCCGA